CGGCCAGUUCGGCAUGGCCACAGCCGCCAAGCCGAGGUUGCCAGAUGAAAAGCUCAACCUUUGACGAAUAUGUCUCCUCAAAUCAUUCGCAUCCACGUCCGCUGGUCACUCUCAACUAGCUCUCGUUCUGACACAAGCACCUACUGCUACAUCAUGGGGCAGAAGCCCCAAACCUGUGUUCGAUGUAACUCCCAUCAUGACCGGCCGCAUAGCAAGAGCGGCGAGGAGCUUGACCUUGAAGAGUCGCUCCGGGAGAACUACAUCGAGGCAUUUGAUAUGAUCCGCACAUCCACCGCCCCCACAACACACGAUCCCGUCGAACUCCAAACAGCCUACAACACCAUCGUGAACAGCGAGCUGAUUCCAUGGCUCACGGCUGCAACCAUCCUGUCGUCCGCCUCGUCCGGAGUUACUGCGGGCCAUUAUGUUCCCUCACGCCGGUCCUCCUCAAUAAUAUCUGACGAGAGUCUCUCUGAUCGCAACCAGAGAUUGCUCCUGAUCAAACUUUCCAGAUCGCGAAUGGGAACACUUCUGGCAAAGGUGAUAGAGACGACAAACAAGCUGCGGAGAGCCUUCGCCAAGGCCGUCUCAAAGAUAAAGCGCUUUAUAGGUCGAGCAUUCGCUCAAGAGCAUCCUCGAACUCGGUGAAAGGCUAUCCAGGACAAGAGGUUGAUUCCACCUGGACAAUAUUGGCAGC